AUGGAGGAGAGCAGCUGUGAUGGCAGCAACGGUGAUGGCAGCAACGGUGAUGGCAGCAACGGUGAUGGCAGCAACGGUGAUGGCAGCAACGGUGAUGGCAGCAACGGUGAUGGCAGCAACGGAGAUGGCAGCAAUGGUGAUGGCAACAGCGAAGAUGGCAGCAACGGAGAUGGCAGCAGCGGUGAUCGCAGCAACGGUGAUGGCAGCAACAGUGAUGGCAGCAACGGUGAUGGCAGCAGCGGUGAUGGCAGCAACGGUGAUGGCAGCAACGGUGAUGGCAGUAACGGUGAUGGCAGCAGCGGUGAUGGCAGCAGCGGUGAUGGCAGCAACGGUGAUGGCAGCAACGGAGAUAGCAGCAACGGAGAUAGCAGCAACGGAGAUAGCAGCAACGGCGAUAGCAGCAACGGUGAUAGCAGCAACGGAGAUGGCAGCAACGGAGAUGGCAGCAACGGAGAUAGCAGCAACGGAGAUGGCAGCAACGGAGAUGGCAGCAACGGAGAUGGCAGCAACGGAGAUGGCAGCAACGGAGAUAGCAGCAACGGAGAUGGCAGCAACGGAGAUGGCAGCAACGGUGAUAGCAGCAACGGAGAUAACAGCAACGGUGAUAGCAGCAACGGAGAUAACAGCAACGGUGAUAGCAGCAACGGAGAUAGCAGCAACGGUGAUGACAGCAACGGUGACACCAACAGUACACCACUCACGGCAUCAUAUGUGGCUCAACCUUUCAGCACUCCACAUCUUCACUACCUCUCGACUUCUUUAAUCUACAAGGAUAAACUCCUGAGAAUAACAGAGUAUAGCGAGUAA